AUGCAGUGGCUGUGUGUGUUGGUCGGUGCCGUGGCCAUCGUCUCGCUGGUCAGGUGCCAGCACGACGCCUUCGCCCUUCCGCAGGCCCCUCGCUUCGCCCCGAAGCCCACUGUGCCACCCGAGUAUUCCUCAUUCUUCGAACUAGACGGGCACGCCCGUGAGCUGGUCGACUCGCUGCUGGGCCCGCGCCCCGGCGGUCUAUUCCCUGAAAAAGCGUACGAAAUUGGCACACCAUCCGAGCCAAUCACCAACAAUAAGCCAGUUCAUGUGCCGUCGACGUUGGAGAGGACACUCGAGCAGUUUUUCACUGCUCCCGAGCCAGCCAGUGGGCAGGCCCUGCCUCCUGGCUUCGGUUCAGGAUUUUCGCUUCUGAACAAUAACAAGCCAGUCACUGGGUUUGGCUCAAAUACACGUAGGGCUCCACAGAGCAAGGAUAAGGAUGAGUCCGUUGAGGGAUCUGGCGAAGCUCCCAAGAGCUCUAUUGGGGGUAUCCCUAAGGUGUUCCCGAAGCUUCCCAAGGCUCCAAUUGUUCAGCCACAAUCCCUCCGAAGUAGAGAGGCUAUCGUCAUUGAUGACGCUCCAGCACUGCCACAGAUUCCAACUGCUCCGGAGGUUCCCGAAGGUGGAUUCUUGCCAGCUGACAUUCGACGGUCACCACAAUCUGUGUCGAAUGUUGCUUCUUCUCUGGACGAUGAUGUAGAUGGACUGAAUGAUGAUGACGAGUUUGGAGGACUUUCUGAAGAGACAUCCUCAUCUUCCGGUGGUUUAAUUGGAACUAUCUUCAACUUGAUCAGUAUGGGACAGAAGAAAGCUACCGAAGCCAAGAAUGGAGGCACUCCGGAUGAUAAGAAUGCUCUUGGAAAAGCCGUUUCAAGUCUGAUCGGUGGAGAGAACAGUCCAUUACCAGGCAAGAACAUGAUCUCGAAUGUUUUGUACAAGGCGCUCACGUCCAAUAGUUUGCAAUCUAAUGACACCGGAUCUGACCUUGAGCCUCCUCCGCUUACCAACCUAACCUUAACCCCAGCGCAAUCAGCGGCCAUCACUGAGAACUUGGAGAUGGUCCAAAACUUCAUCAUCCAGCCAUCUUCACCUCUCUGCACACAUAAACCUGAACCAGUCGGUUUCGAACUGCAAUCGUUCAUGGGACAGUGGUACCAGGUCGUCUACAGCCCUCCGUUGUCCUCUGGACAAUGUAGCAUGGUUGCUUACAAAAAACUGAACGACGUCAAUAAUGGAGGCCCAGGAUCAAUUUUCGAGAUCUUCGAGUACACGACUGACGGUACACCUUACGGAAAACCAAAGAUCAGCUCUGGUUAUGCGAUGAUCAAAUCUCCAGGAGAGCUCAUCUACAGGACAACCUCCAACCAGGAAGACGUCAAUGUGCAUGUUUUACACCUGGGACCACUGAAUGCUAAUGAUGAGUACGAAUACGUCAUUAUGUCUACAAAUUGCAAUUUCCCCUUGUAUGUAUUCGCAAGAGAUCCUAACAUGUACAAGCAGCGAUACGAAAGCGAGGUGAAUGCAGUGCUCGAAAAGAAGGGACUUGUCAACGGGAUCUCACGUCUUCUGAACAUAGUCGCACCGGUCGAAAACUCUUUGUGCACGUUCCCACCCUCCCUCUUCAACAUUCAAGGAUGAUCAGACAUUCAUUGAUUUCUAAACUCUACUGGUCCUCUCUGAAUCAGUCAUCUACAACUCUUUCAAUACCCAUUUUGUGGGUUAUUUGUUUGUCUUUCUUCGUUGAUCACUGUCAUUUAAUAACACUCCCUUCGAAACGUGUUGUCAUAUCUCUUGAUUUAUUUUAGUGUUGUUCGAGUUCUGAUUGAUCCCCACAUUUGAUACUGUGUACUUCGGCCGAGGUUGCGUGCAUUAUUUUGUACAUAGUGUGUUUCUUAAUGCAUGGUUUUAGUGCAUUGCCUCGUAAUAAUUUUCGUCAUCGCAUGAAUGACUAAAGAGUAU